CACAGUCACUCUCCCCGUUUCACGAAGAUGCGAUAUCAACUCCUCAGCGAACUCGGCCGUGGCGGAUAUGGGACCGUGUACAAGGUGCUCGACAACUACAGACAUCAGCUGUUGGCCGUCAAGAUCAUGGCCCAGAAGGACGAAUCUGACGACACAUGGGAGCGGCGUCUGACUUCGGCUUUCAAGGGGGAGGCGAUCAUCCUACCAGCCCUCCACCAUGCACACAUCAUCCGCUGCUUCUACUCCCACGGCUGGGGCACACCGCGGGUCGAGAUCUUCAUGGAGCUCAUGGAGGGCAGCCUCGCGUCACUCAUGCAAUGGCCCCAGCCGCCGUACUUGGAGUCCGGGGCCGUCGCCGACACGGUCCUGCACCAGAUGCUCCAGGCACUGGAGCACCUCGCCUCGCUGGGCUAUGUCCACCGCGACGUCAAGCCAGAGAACAUCCUCUACACGUCGUCGCCGGGCCUUCUGCUGGGACGACCGGCGCCGCACCCGGUAGCACGCUCGCUCUAUCAUUUCCGCCUCGGCGACUUCGGCCUCUGCGACCUCGCGGCCAACAUUGACGCCAUCCGCGGCAGCGAACUCUUCAUGGCGCCGGAGCUGCUCGAGCGGCCGCGCCGGCACAUGCAGUCGCACAAGUCGGACGUGUGGGCGCUGUAUGCGACCGUCUUGUGGACGCUGAAGGCGGACUGGUUCCGCCAGAGGGGGCGCGGGAAGCGGCAGACGGUGGCCGAUUUCGCGCAGGCGGUCGAAUUGGACGGGAGAAUCACGUCGCUCAGCGAGAUGGCCGUGGCCGAUCCCGGGGAGAGGGCGACGGCGGCGGAGAUGCUGAAGAACUUGUACCCAUAUAUGGGCGGUUGUGCAGGUUGA